UGCGACUGAAGGAAGUCAAAAAAAAAAAUAAAAGUGUAAGUUUAAAUAGUUUAGAAAGAUACUGAGACUGUAGGGAUGUGAAAAAAGAUUUAAAUAAAUUAACUAGCAAGGAGUCUUGUGGCCAGCAUAAAGACCCGAACCCAUUGGAGUUUUCAAAUUGAAAAUACCAGUCUUCAUUGAGAUUAAGAUUCGAACCCAGGACCCAAGGUUCGAAAACCAAGCACUUAACCGCUUUUGAUUUACAAGAACUCUUUAAAAAUGUCCUGCAAGAGAAAAACUCAAACUGAUAGAGCAGUAUCGAAAAGACACAAAACAGAAAAAAACAGUACAGACCUUUGUUUUCCUCAAGACACAUGUGGACUAAAUGGAUCAGAGGAUCAGACUGACCUAGCAGACUUCUCCAGUCCUGGGGAUGAGAAUCAAGAUACAGAUUCUCAUCAUUUCAUCAGUGACCAGUUCAAAGUCCAGUCAGAUGAGGUUGAAGGUCCACUAAUUGGUGAUCAUGAAACUCAGGAGUCAGAAGGUGGAGAAGCUGAUCUACACAAAUAUCUUGUGGGCUGUAAGAAGAAUCCAGGUCAUAGCCAGUUUAUACCUGUUGAUACAUUCUCCUUGAAACAUUUACCUGAAGGUCUUCAAGACAAUGAUUUGUAUGAAUACAUCAAAGUUAUAGCUGACCUCACAGUUAGAGUUGAUGUGAAAAUGUCAAGUCCAGACAGACCAAAGUUUUGGCCAAAGACAACUCAACCAUAUCCAUUUUCUAACAUGAGUGAGAGAAGAAACUUGAGGACAGGAAGUGGAAGAGUGAGGGAUGUAAACAAGUUUCAAGAUGGAGUCACACAAGAUAGAGGUUAUAGACUUAGUGCCUACACAAAGUGUUGGUGUAGAAAAUGUGAAGGUUCAAACUCACCCAGCAAUGUGUGGUGGGAGUUUUAUGUGUACACAGCCACACAUGUGGUUUUUGAUGCCAUUGAGGCCAACCACACAACCUUGAGAUUGUUUUAUGAUAAAGAGGACAGCCCAGUGUUCAGUGUUAAUAAGGUCAGUGUUUUAGGUGUAAACAUUGAGCAUGACAGGUGUGAGUUGAACUGUGUGACAUGUGAUAAAAAUGUAGGAAAUAAACUGAUGGAAAUGUGGAAACAUUUUGAAAAUGUCAGGUGGAAAGUCUGGAACAAAUACUCUGCCUCUAGAUCUAAACACAGGUUGACCUUUAUAGUGUCACAUCCUCAUGGCUGUUCUAAACAGGUCAGUGUUGGUCAAUGGAAGGACAGACUAGAGGUGGAUGGUAGAUCUAAGUUGACUUAUACAACUUGUACAUGUCCAGGAAGUAGUGGAGCAUAUGUCCACUGUCUGGGGUAUAGUGACCCCUGGACUUGGUCUGAACUUGUCCACAGUGGAAGUCUCAAGUCUGGAUUAAAUUACAGUGGAGUUGGUCGUUUCUUGUGAGUUGUUUCCCUUGUGAGUUGUCCAGCUCCACCAUGAAGAUGUCUUUGAGAACCCUUGACAUUCUGAACCUCAAACUGAAAUGUCUCUUUAGUCUUGAGCUAUGUAAAUAAAUUGUGUAUGUUAUCUUUAAAUUUACAAUGUUUUGUUUCCCUUGUUAUCCAUGUUGUUGUUUGUAAUUUACAUUUACAAUAAUUGAAACCUAAUCGACUAGAAACCAAAUCUACUAGAACUUGCUAUCGACGAUCAGGUUUGUGGAAAAAAUUUAUUAGAUGUAGUUCUUAUGUUGUUGUUUUUUUUUUAAUUAUUUAAAAUGCAAUCUAAAAGUUUGCAAAUAUUUCAAAUACAAAAAGUUGUCGGGUAUAAUAAAAUAUAAUUAAUCGAAUUAAAA